UUGUGGACUCAACUUUAGAAUUUCGCGUUGACUCUGCAAUUUGCAGGAUGACAAAUAAAAAAAUGUACUACAGGCAAGACUACAGGAAAGAAAAUGUAACGUGCUGGUGGGGUCACACCGUAUGUUCUUCAUCUCAAGAAGAAUAACAUAUUUUUCAAAGUCGUAGUAAACUACAUAUACCACAUAUACGCAGUUUGUGCGUCACGUGUCAUGCCGCGAUGAGCGAGGAGUAGUCGUGCGAUCGCACGAUUUUACGUCAGUGGUGCUGGUACAUACUGUUGAAUAGGAGUACUUACAAAAAGGAACAUUAUUAUUAUACAUUCUAACUACAUAGUAUAUACAUAUGUACAUACAUAGAGGGAUAGACAGAGAGAAAGAGAGAGAGAGAGAGAGAGAGAUAAUAGAACCUAUCGUAUAAUAAAAACCAAUAGUUUAAUAACUGUCAAAAUUGUGAAAAAUAACAAUUCAAUAUUCUCCUCACAAAUUAAUAACAAGUGCAUUGUUUUGCGGUGCAAUGAUUUGAACUAAACUUGACUAAACUGAAAAAGAGAAAAAUAAUAAUACUAGUGACAGUAUGGUUUGGCGGGGGUGAUAAAUAGAAAGUGUCGAGCAGUUUGAAAGGGAAGGCCACCUAAAUAUUACGUGUUAGUUUAAACGAAAAAAGGAAAAAUCAAAAUACCCAUUACAGUUACUGCGUUAAAUUUUCUAAUGAAGAUUGAAAAAUCUCGCGUUGUCAUGUGCUAAAAAUAAUUCAGUGGCGUGCAUUUUUGGAAUAAGUUUCUAUAUAUACAUCAUGCCAAGAGAAAACGAGGUUUAGGUCGACUUUAAGAAAAAGAGACCCUGGAUAAAUACCAUGGAGCAUUUCUUUAAUUGGAUACGAAAUAGUCGUCGAUUAUUUAAAAAUAAUAAUAGUAAUGAUUCUGAUAAUCCGACACAAAGGAGAAUUUCGACAGGGCAUUGUCAAACAAACAAGGACAAUGCAGAAGCAACAAGGAGAUUUUUCAACAUUGUUGAAAGUAUUCUAUUGUGGCAAAAUUCGGUCAAUAGCAUUUCAGUAGUUAUUGUAUUUAAUAUUUUAUUCUGGGGUAUUGUGGUGCUAGAAAUUCGUGGAUUUGCAGCAGCCAGCAGUGCUGUUUUAAUUGUAUUGUGUUACAGUACAGUUGAAAAUCAAUUGCAAAAGGAGAAGAAGGAAAUUUCAAAUUUAUCUCAAGCAAAAGCUGAGCAAAUUGAUAAAAUAUUAGCAAAAGUGAAAUCAGCUUGGAAAAGUUUUAAGCAGUUACGUAAAGAUCAACCUGGACUGUUUUGUACUACUAUAUGUACUAUAUCGUUGGGUCUAUGGCUAAUUGGAAGAACUGUUAAUGGUGUACUUCUUGCAUACACGAUAUGUAUGAGUAUUCUAAUUGGUCCUGCUCUUUUAUUGCAAAUACCUUCAAAAGUAUUAACGAAUAAAGAAUGGGAUAGUGAAAUAGAAGAAUUUUUACCUGCAGUGACAGAAGAUAAUUUACAAGUUUUACAACUUGCUGGUGAUUCUGGAGAUCAUUUACCAACUCCAGUUAGCGUUGCGUCAGACAUUCAAAAUGAUCCCUUCAAUAAUGAUGAUGAAGAUGAUGACGACGACGACGACGAUGAUGAUGAUAAUGAUGAUGAUGAUGAUGAUGAUGAUGAUCUAGUGGGAUUUAAAAUGCCUUCACAUGAAGAAGGAAGUACAGACGGUUUUAGUUCAGGUGAAACCGAUGUCGAUGGAAUGAAAUUUCAAAGUGGUCAUUUUGAAAAAGGCUCUUCAUCCGAGGACGAUGUUAAACUAGAUGAAAAAUCGAAAAUUUUAUUAAACGAUAGUAGUGAUGAUAGCGACAGUGAAUUUGAAAUAAUUGACACUCGUGACAUAGGAAAUUUUAAAGAUGUAUGAUUAUAUUUUGUCGCAAGUUUUCAAUUAUAUUCGAAUGCCAUAAAAAUUUUUGCGGAGAAGAAAAGGUAAAGAGAGGAAUUCAAUUUCUAAAAAUGCAAAAUAUAUGUAUAUUCAAUUA